GGGCCGGGCAACCCGCGUGGCCGGGCGCAGUGGCCGCGCUAGAGCCUGGGCCCGGAAGGACUACGACCCCCCCCUGGCGCGACUCAGGCGCGUAACACCCAGAGCGCACGGGUCGCAGACCCGGAGGGAGACCCCUGCUGCGCAGGUCCGGUGGAGCCAGUCCUGGGAAACAGAAGUCACCACACCUUUUAUCAUGAAAGCCUUGGUAUCCCAGGAAACAACCACACUCCAAUAGUUGUGCUGUGGACAAUUUUGCAAGACACUCAGCAGGGAACAGUUUACCUGAUGUAGGACUUUUACUGCAAAAAUAAGGAGAAUCCUGGACAAACUGGGUUGGUUGUUCACAAUAGCAAAUGCUUGCAGGAUCAAGAACUCAGCUUCAAGGUAAAUACUGUAUAAUGUGUGAAAUUAAAAAAGAACAACUCACAGAUUAAGGAAACAGGUUGGUCAGAAGCAAUGGGGGUGGAAAUGGGUGAAGGAAGUCAGUUAUAAGAUAAAUAAGUUCUGGGGAUGCAAUGUAGAGCAUGGUACCUAUAGUUAACAAUGCUGUAUCGCAUGUAUGAAAGUUGCAGUGAGAUUAGAUCUUAAAAGUUCUCAUCACAAGAAAAAAAUUAUAACUAGAUGGGGUGAUAGAUGGUUACUAAACUUAUUGUGGUUAUCAUUUUGUACUGCAUACAUAUGUCAGAUCAUGUUGUAUACCUUAAACUAAUAUGAUGUUAUAUGUUAACUGUAUCUCAAUAAAACUGAAAAAAAGUCUCCAUAUUAAAAAAUCAAUUGGAUCGUAGUAGGAGGGAGUCUGGGCGAGUUGAGAGAGAUGUGAUCCGUAGAGCUUCCGAGAAUAGCACGCGGAGGACAAGGUUCUGCGAAGAGAGAGACUCAGAGGCAGUGUGGGAAGUGUAGUCCAGUUGGCUUAGCGGAUGAUUCGGGGUGGUCGCCGAGGUUCCGGAAAGAGACUGAAAAGGCCUGAAAAGAGACUGUGACUAUGCCUUUUAACUCAGUAGCUGGAGCACAGGAAACUGUUUGUUGAAUGAAUGACCUAUCCAUUGAGGACCUAUUUAGACCUUGAGGAUAACCCUGUGAGCUGUGUUGAUUUCAUUAUGCUGCGACGAAAACCAACCCGCCUGGAGCUGAAACUUGAUGAUAUUGAGGAGUUUGAGAGCAUUCGAAAGGACCUGGAGACCCGUAAGAAACAAAAGGAAGAUGUGGACAUUGUAGGAGGCAGUGAUGGAGAAGGUGCCAUUGGACUCAGCAGUGAUCCCAAGAGCCGGGAACAAAUGAUUAAUGAUCGAAUUGGUUAUAAACCCCAACCAAAGCCCAACAGUCGUUCAUCUCAAUUUGGAAAUUUUGAGUUUUAGAGGUGGAUUAUCUUGCGUGCCAGAGCCCUGGAAUGGAGUACAAUGAUGGCGGAAACGCAAACAAGAUUUAGAGAAUGGAGUGCUCUCAGUCAGGCAGAAUGUUUUAUCUCCUGCAGAGAAAUACUUCUGCAUGAGAUUACGGAUGCUUAACUUUCACUCUGAAAGCUGAAAUUCACACUCUGGUUUGUCUCUGGAAAAUGACUCGGUAAAACUUGUCUGAUUUUUGUUUUUAAAAAUAAAUAUAUUUUUGGGAAAAAAAAA